CGUCAACACAGUCGCUCCUCAGACGGAUAUCGGCCAGAGAGAGAGAGAGAGAGAGCUGCUGUUCUGUUGAGGUUGCAUUUCUUCCUCAGCCAUGGAGACACUAUACAGUAUGCCGUUCGCUCUGCUGGAGUGCCCCAAUGUGAAGCUGAAGAAACCGUCGUGGCUGCACAUGCCGUCGGCCAUGACCGUGUACGCGGUCGUCAUCGUGUCCUACUUUCUCAUCACGGGAGGUAUCAUCUACGACGUCAUUGUGGAGCCACCGAGUGUGGGUUCAAUGACUGAUGAGCACGGACACCAGAGACCAGUGGCCUUUUUGGCCUACAGAGUAAACGGCCAGUACAUCAUGGAAGGACUGGCUUCCAGUUUCCUUUUCACAAUGGGAGGCCUGGGCUUUAUAAUCCUGGACCGCUCCAAUGCACCCAACAUUCCCAAACUCAACCGCUUCCUGCUGCUCUUCAUCGGUUUUGUCAGCGUUCUCCUCAGCUUCUUCAUGGCCAGAGUAUUCAUGCGCAUGAAGCUGCCAGGAUACCUCAUGGGCUAAAGACGCGACAAGCAAACUUAAAACGACAUGGAUGAAGGACAUCAGCGGCCAACUAAAACGCGCUUUCUAUAAUCAACCACUGAGGACUGAAAGCACUGACCGUGUUCAAGAAAUUAGACCCCACUGCAUUGGCUCCGUCUCAAUCGUGUUUUUUGACUUACUCAAUUUCCCAAAAAGAAAAAGAUACAACAGAGUAACAUCAUUAAGACUUAGUUACUUACCACCGUUGUUUGGAGCCACUGGUUUGGAAUCUGGAUUAGGACUAUAUGAAUCAUUUAAAGGGCAGUCUAAUGUUUUAAGUUGUGCGUUUUUGUAAAGAAAUUGUUGAAAAAGCCUACAACUUGUCACAGUUGCAUUUUUGUACAAGGAUGUGAAAUAAAUCUCCUUUUCAGA